AUGAAGCCAAGAUUCCGGUACGCUUUUUUUGCAUACCUCGACUAUAUGUUCCCGAAAGUUGAGAUCAGCGGUGAACCGGACACCCAGAUCCUUAACCUCGGAGACGCGCUGCAGUGGCUCGCCUUCAAUGUGGUACGGGUGAUGUCGCGGACAUCGCGCGCGGCUGAAAGACAACACGGAGCACUUAGCCACGUUAAAGACAUGGAGCGGAAAUUCAACGAAAACGGUAUUUUCACCGGGAUUGCAGAUUCGUUUUGCCUUACUUGCAAGAAGUAUCUCAAGUUAAAUCAAGUAAGCGAGCAUAUUAUUGAACCCGAUCAUCAGAAGUCCUUUCAGUCUUCGGAUUAUGUUGUUAAAUAUAAAGAAGAUAGCAUCAGAAAGGUGGAAGUGGGAUAUUAUUGUGAAAUGUGCAAUGUUAUGAUGCAGAACUUAGCACGAGUUGGUAUUCAUAUCUAUGAAAAGACUCACGUGGACAAUAAAAUCAAGCAACAACUAAAAGAGUCCGAUGCUGGUGUUAUAGUAUUUGAUGACAUUUUGAUAGAAAAUAAUGCUUGGAAUGGCAUGGCCAAUGGUUCCUGUUUCUUAUGUAAUGUGGAUUACACAAAUGCAGAUAAUCAUAGAAAUGAGCCAGCCCACAUAUUGAAACUUAUCCAAAGUAAAUUUGAAUUGCUCGAGGAUAAAUUUAUAUAUAGAAAGAUUGAUGAUGAUUCUAUCAACUGUCUGAUUUGUAAUACAAUAUUUAUGCAAAUAUUUAAAGAAACUCACACAAAUGAGUUAGAACACCAAAAGAAUUACGUAAAAUGUCAAAUGACUAAAGAGAAUAAAACAACAACAGGUAAUUACCAUAACAACAACAACAUUGAUAAGGACAUAAAAGGAAGUGUCACUUCUAAUGAUGCUGUGGCAGAAUCAAUAGAUAAUAAAAAUGAUCCAGUCAAAAGUGAAGAACUUACAAGUGAUACAUCUAAAACCCAAAUUGUUGUAUUUAAUAAAAAUGUUGUUGAAGAAACAGAAAAUAAAAAUGAAGAUGAACUACUACCGCCUGCCGAGGCUAUUAAAAGGGCGAUGAAAUUUGCUAAAGACAAUGGCUUAAAAUACAAAAGAUAUAGCACCUAUUGUAAUCUGUGUGAUGUACAAAUGUCCUCUUCUUUAAAAAUGCUGAAGGAGCAUGUUGCUGAAUCAUCACAUAAAGAGAAAGCUGGAAAUAAAAUAACCAGAAAAAUUAAUAAAGUACCCCUGAUUCAUUUUGUUAAAAGCUGUACACUCAAUAAUAGUUUAGUGGACGAGAUAGUCCUCAAUGAUGAAAUUUGUGUAGACCAAUUCAGUUUUCUUUUACUCAGCAUACAUAACGGUGUUCUAAAAUGUCAAGCUUGUGAAGUUUCCUUAUUGAACAUUGAAGAUACUGUUAAACAUAUAGGAAAUGAAAAACAUAUGAAAACUACGGGUAUGAUGAAUGUUGUUACUGAUUUUGAAUCGGAAUUUGUGAGAGAGGUAAGACCCCGAGUAUAUCAUUGUGGUUACUGCAAUAUUAUUGAAGCGAGCUUGAAUAGCAUAAAAAACCAUUUGAAAUCAACCAAUCAUCUUUCUCAAAAAAAGAAAGCCCAAAUCCGUUGUCAAAGUCAUCUGCAUGAUUCUGGCAAAGAUACGAGAAGAAUGAAGUUCACCGGUUUUACGGGAAUAAUGUUUAAUUUACCAAUUUUCCAAUAAAUUAAAAUAUAACGUUAUAUAGUGUAUGACUUUGUUUAAAAUUUUAACUACUUAUAAUAAAGAAAAUACCCUUUUUCUAAUUUCUGAUAUUAUAACAUUAAUCAAUAUUAACAUGGUUAUAUUUGUGUUGACAUUUGAGGGACGAUAAUUUGAUUUUUUUGUUUUUUAUUUUUUUGAUAUUUUUUAUAUGCUUAUGUUGAUAAUAGUACUUAUAAGUUACAAAUUAAUGUUACGCUUUAAAAUGCAUGUAUACUCUACAACACCAAAUUCAAAUUUAUUAUGUAUUUCUAUAUAUAAAAUAAAAAUUAUAUAUAAGAGAA